UUGAGGUGGGGCUUAAUUCAACUGGAUCCACCCGCGAGGUGUUGUAGGACGACACAGCCGACAGUGGACAGUGGAAUAACAAUAAAGUCUAUAUUGUAAUUUGUAAGCAGAAACAGAAAGUGAGAACUGGAAGGAAGAGGGAGGACUGAGGAGAAUCGUGAAUAACAGUACGAGACCAAUAUCCCACGGUGAAGCAAUGGUUGUCGUCGGAGAAAACCACAUUCCUCCGCCGUACACGGCUCACGCCGGCCAGCAGAGUACAAUAGAUGUUGCAGCAGCCUCCGAUAAUGAACUGCAUCCCCAUUAUCCCGAUGCCGACGCCAAGAACACCAUCCGCCGAGUCACACUUCUGAUCGCUGUGGCAAAAACUCGUCUGUAUCACGCUGCACUGAACGGUGACUGGGAAAGGGCUGAAUCUAUCUUUGAUGACUACCCAUCACUGGGAGCAACUGAAUCCAUAACGCGAGACCACGAGAAUGCUCUACACAUUGCUGCCGGAUGCAAGCAUACUGCUUUCGUGGAGAAGCUAAUCCAAAUAAUAACCCCAGUUGACAUGACACUGCAAAACAAGCAUGGAAACACUGCCCUUUGCUUUGCUGCUACCUCGGGAGUCAUAACAAUUGCUAAGCUGAUAGUGGAGAAAAAUAGAGAUCUGCCACUUAUUUGUGGCUUUGGCAACGUCACUCCACUUUUCAUGGCAAUAUCGUACAAACAUAGAGAAAUGGUUUCAUACCUCUUGUCUGUCACUGAUCUCAACCAACUCAAAUCUCAAGAUCAGAUUGAGCUUCUUAUUGCCACCAUACACAGCGGCUUUUAUGAUAUAAGUUUGGAGAUUCUUAAGAAAAAUCCAAAUUUAGCGGCUAUGAGAGAUACCAAGAAUAAUAAUGAGACAGCAUUGCAUGUGUUGGCCAGAAAACCAUCGGCAAUCAGUAGCAGAGAUGAGAUAAACGUUUGGAAAAAGUGUCUCAACUCUUGCAUCAAAGGGAUCUACGAUGAGGAUGUAAGGAAGACAUCAGCUCGUAAAUUAGUCGAAGUACUAUGGAGACAUGUUCUACUAGAUUUGCCACAGAACGAGGACAUGUUGGAGUUCAUUAAACAUCCCACAAAACUACUCCAUGAUGCUGCAAGGGCUGGAAAUGUCGAGUUUCUAAUAAUUCUUAUCCGUAGAUAUCCCGACAUUGUAUGGGAAGAAGACGACGAUGGUAAGGGCAUAUUUCAUGUAGCUGUCGAAAAUCGCCUCGAGAAUGUGUUCAAUCUAAUCCACGAGAUUAGUGGGCUCAGGGACUUCUCAACAAAAUACAAAACAACCACCAAAGAAAAUUACAACAUGCUACAUUUGGCUGCAAAACUAGCUGCCUCAAACCAUCUCAAUAGAGUCUCAGGAGCCGCUCUCCAAAUGCAACGUGAGUUGCUUUGGUUCAAAGAAGUUGAGAAGAUAGUUUUGCCUUCCCAGCUCGACGCAAAAUGCGAUGAUCCUCGCAAAUUGACGCCUCAUGAGUUAUUUAGCGAAGAGCACAAAAAUCUCCGUAGAGAAGGCGAGGAGUGGAUGAAAAAUACAGCAAACUCAUGCAUGCUGGUAGCAACGCUGAUCGCCACAGUAGUUUUCGCCGCAUCCUUCACGGUUCCCGGCGGUUUUGAUAACAAUUCAGGCACUCCAAUUUUUCAGCAAAAUUUGUGGUUCACUAUUUUCGUGAUAUCGGAUGCGGCUGCUUUGGUGUCGUCCUCAUCUUCGAUUCUGAUGUUCUUGUCGAUCCUAACUUCGCGCUACACGGAAGAUGAUUUCUUGUAUUCAUUGCCCUCUGGGUUGCUGUUUGGACUUGCGUCGUUGUUCGUGUCCAUUGUGUGCAUGGUUGUGGCCUUUAGUGCAACGUUCUUUAUACUCUACCAUGAGUCUGCGGAUGUUUGGGUUCCGGCCACGAUUGCUGCCAUGGCGAUUAUUCCUGUUAGUUGUUUUUGCGCGCUUCAGUUUAAGCUGUGGGUGGACACAUUUCAGAACACUUACUUGUCUAGAUUUCUUUUCAAACCCAGUCGGCAGAAAUUGUUCCCGUCGUCUGCAUCUCAACUUGUCGAUCUCUCUCGUGAACUUAGGCCUAAUUUGCUUACCAGACGAAUGGGAAUGAAGAUCAACCGAGAUGAAAUUAAUCCGAAUAGAAAUGGUUUAAUACGAUUUGUUAGAAAUUGUAUGUAAUUGAAAUAAAAAGAAUAUCUAUUCAUAUUGGUUACUUACGU